AUGACACCCAAGAGACAACCUACAUCUGGCUUGGCAUUCUGCGCCUUGCUACUAUCCGCACGACAUGUACUCGGCCACAUGGAGAUGAGCUGGCCUUAUGCGCUACACAGCAAGUUUGAUCCGAUGAACAAAUACGAUGAGAUCGACUACAGUAUGACCAGUCCACUCAUGGACGAUGGAUCGAACUUCCCAUGCAAAGGCUACCAGAACGAUCGACCUAUCCGCACUGUGGCAACAUACUCAGCUGGAUCGACCUACAACAUCACACUAGCUGGUUCAGCCACGCAUGGCGGUGGAUCAUGUCAAAUUUCCAUGUCUUACGACAAUGGCGCUACAUUCAGCGUGAUCAAGAGCAUGAUCGGAGGAUGUCCUCUUGAGACGACAUACGACUUCACGGUACCAUCAUAUGCUCCUACUGGAAACGCUCUACUCGCCUGGACGUGGCAGAACAAGCAAGGCAACCGCGAGUACUACAUGAACUGCGCAGAGGUCGAAGUGGUCGCAGGAAGCACUCAUAGGCGGCGACGGAGACAAGCGUAUAACAGCUUCGACAGCUUGCCUUACAUCUGGAAGGCCAACCUGCCUGGUGUUAGCGAUUGUGUUACUACGGAAGGGGACGAUCCUGUCUAUCCAAACCCUGGACCGGAUGUCGUUUAUGGAGACGGUUACAGCAGCUCUAGCCCGCUGUCUCCAGGCACUUGCGAUUCAGCAAAACCAUAUGGCGAAACCUAUCAAGAUCUUGGUGAUAGCCCUGCAGCACCAGCACCAUCUAGUAAUACUACCACACCUAGCACCACUGAUCCAGCAGAUUAUGGGACGAACGCAACGACCUCUGCCCUUGCGCUUGAUGAGUCGUAUACAGAAUUGGCCGCUCCUGCUUCUGCUACUCACGCCCCAGAUGAUUCGUACGGUGGUAACGACGGUUCUGCUUCCAAUGAGAACCUACCAGACGACUCCUACACCGAGCGCCGCAGCGCCACAUCAACAGCUACAAUGCAAGCGAGAACGUUGUCCCCACAAGCUGUGAUGGCACCCACGAGUCUAGCACAAUACCCUCCUCAACGUAUCAUGCUCCCGAGCAGCGAAGGCGUGUCGACGACCACUGUCUACGUGGACUGCGAUAGCACCGUCACCAUCACUGUAACACCAUCAGCGACCACAUCUCACCCAGCGACCUACAUCACGUCAGUGCCCGAAGCUGCUUGCACCGGGACCGCUGCCCUCUGCCCCUGUGCCACUGGCUAUGGCUGCGAGCUCGUCGGGACAUGCUUAUGGCAGUGCGUCGCUCAAUCUAUGCCGCCCAGCCCACCAUCUCCAACUCCACCUCCCACAUCCCGAAUGGUCACCUCAACAAGAGCUCAACCUCCACCCACACCCGAACCAUCCACACCAGCUCCCGAGCCUCAAGAUCCAGAUCCAGUACCUUCGAACCCCAACCGACCACCAUACGCCACCGGUGAUCUCAGCGUUUAUCUACCUUGCGUACCAGGCACCUUCAUCUGCACAAGCGAGACGACAUGGCAAACAUGCAACUACAACAGCGCCGCGGACUGGGUAUACGGGUACUCGCGCACAGUUGCUGCUGGUAUGAUGUGUCUGCCCUACCUGUCGCCAUACUCGAACACGACGGAUGAGUACGGUCAGCAGGCGAAUGUGGAGAGUGGCAGCUAUAGGGACGAUCGCAUUGUGAGGGCAAGGCCGGAUGGGGACUGUGAUGUGGAUGGCAGUUUGCAAUGUACCGACGGGGGAACUCAGUUCUUGGUUUGCGAUCAUGGAGGAUGGGUGCGCAUGGGGGCUGUGGCUGCUGGCACAACGUGCACGGGUGGAACGAUCGUUGGUGCUUAA